CUGCUCUGCUCUUCUUCUUCGUGCAGCUCGACAAGCCCCCCCAAAGCCACCGACUUCCUCUUCCUUUGAAAACCGAAAAAGGGGCUUGAAAUUCUCCUUCUUUCUUGUUCAAUAACAAGAUUUAGGACCUAGAACACUCUCCUAAACCCAGAAAAUCCCAGAUCUGCUCUGUUCUUCCCCUUGUUGUCCGUCGGCCUCUGCUAUCCGUGAUUUCUGGUCUUUUUCUGCCCGUGAGCCCCCUGCAGAAAUGCCGCCGGCUUCUUCUCCCUACCAGCUCCGGUUUGCUUGCUGGAAUUCUGGUUCUUGAUCGUUCAGUCAGUUUAGUACGUGAAUUGAGUGCUCAGUUUUGCGGAGUGAGGUAAGUAAAUUUAUGGUAAUGCCCGCACUGUUUUUAAAAGAUGUUUUGACUUGUGUUUGAAGUGGUGGCGAGACUAAACCCGUUUUAUGCAAAAGUAAGUAUGACUGAUUUGAAGUGAAGUUUUAUGCUUUUCAUUAAAUUGAGCAUGCCUACUUGAAAUUUAAUUGAUUACCCCGAUGAUUUGAAAGUGAUUAGUAAAGCAUGAUUUUCUGUUAACUUCUGCCUAUUUUGUCUCCGAUACGGUCAUGUUAUCCUGUUGCCCGCUAGUGGGAGGUCAAACGCUAGCACAUGUCGACAUGUUCCUGAUAGAACCGGUUCAUUCCUGUAAUCCUACUAGUGGGAGUUAAACACUAGUAAUUCCUGUUGUCUGCCAGUGGGAGGUUUAAACACUGGCCAUGACCUAUAGAGGAGACGUCUAUUUCGUUCCCGUACUUGUAUCCGUUUUCUGAUUACACUUGUUGGCAUGCUAUAAGUUUAGUUGACUACUACUGAACUUUAUUCUGCAUAAUGGUUAUCAUUGAGAAUUCCGUUUAUGUUUAAACUGUUUAUCUGAAAUGCUCAAAUUUUACCCACGGGCUAUCCAUACAUUUACUUAUUGAGUUUAUCUCAUAGUUUUUCCUUGUCCACUAUUUCAGGAAAUGAAACCGAGGAUGGGGAAACCACGAGAAGUGACGAAUUAGAAGGCUAGCCAUUUCGAGAUUGAUAUAAUUUUAGAAAUAAAUCAUGUUUUUUUUGUAAGAUAGAUUUCACCUUGUGAUUUUAAGUUUAAGUCAUGUUGGACAUAGAUUUAUGGAAUAUAUUAUCAUUCUUGGAAGAUAGAUUCUACCUUGAAUUUAUGGUAUUAAAACAGAUGUUGCGAGAAUAGAGUUUGGGAUUUGAA